GUCUGCAGGUGACACUGCUUACGUGCGGAGCGGGAGUCAGAGCAGGGGCUCGCGGCUGCAGCCGGGACUGGACUACGCCCGCCUCAGAAGCUGCUGGCGGGGCUGGGGCAGCGCUUCCCCUGCGCCUGAGCAUCCCGCUCGCACUGGCCCGGGUUUGGGCACCUGCCGUGCGGUGCGAGCUCAGGGACAGGUCUGCGGGCAGCAGAGCGAGCGCUGAAGCCGGCGAAACGGGCUUUGCCCAUGUGCUAGGCAGUGAUUUCGGGCAAGAGAACAAGAGGGUGAAUCCCUUUAGAGUUGCAAGGAAAGCGAGAUCUUGGGUUCCUCUCCGGUGGACAGACAGGGGACUCUCCAGGUUUGCUGUUGCACUUUCCUUCCCUCUCCCACCCGCGUGCGCUGAAGCCCACUUCCAACCUGCUUUGGGUGCCAGGGAUCCAGGCUGCUUAGCGAAAGGCAGCCGGCAAGUGGUCUAGCGAGGCAGCGGCGGAGGCAAAGCCCAGAGCAAGAGAAUUUGAAAAAAGACUUCCUUUCCCUCUCACAUGCUGAAGGAGAGGCAUUCACGUUUCCCCAAAUGAGAAAGCCACAAGAAAUCAUGAAGUAGAAACUUUGGAAAGCUGCCACUGGAGAUGUUGCACAAAAACCUGGAAUCUUUUAGGAGUCUCCUCCCAGUCGGUGGACAUUUGGGGAGCAGCUGAUACAGCCAGGAGGGCUCUUGCAAGGAUCCAAGGGGCCCUGGAGGAGAGGCUCAGAGGGGGAGAGUGUGGCGAGAGAAUGAAGACACCAACUGCCUGGGAGAAGCAUGAGGUGGCAGAGCAGCACUCGGUUUAGAGGGCUCCGGCCGGCGGCGGCCCCAUGGGCAACUCUGCUGGUGCUGGGCCUCCCUGGUUGGGUGUUGGCUGUCUCGGCCACGGCUGCUGCUGUAGUCCCCGAACAGCAUGCGUCCUCAGCUGGCCAGCCACCCCUGGACUGGCUGCUCACGGACCGGGGCCCCUUCCACCGUGCUCAGGAGUACACUGACUUCGUGGAACGGUACCGCCAGGGGUUUACCACCAGGUACAGGAUCUACAGGGAGUUUGCCCGUUGGAAAGUGAACAACUUGGCUCUGGAAAGGAGGGACUUCUUCAGUUUGCCAUUGCCUCUUGCCCCAGAGUUUAUCCGGAACAUCCGCCUCCUGGGAAGGAGACCCAACCUGCAACAGGUUACCGAAAACCUGAUCAAAAAGUACGGCACCCAUUUCCUACUUUCUGCCACCCUUGGAGGAGAAGAGUCCCUGACCAUUUUUGUGGACAAGCGGAAACUGAGCCGAAAGACAGAAGCAGCAGGAAGUGCCCCUACAGUUGGGGGCAGUGGGAACAGCUCCGCCGUGUCCCUGGAGACCCUGCAUCAGCUGGCAGCCUCCUACUUCAUCGACAGAGAGAGUACCCUGAGGCGGCUGCACCAUAUCCAGAUAGCCACAGGGGCCAUCAAGGUCACGGAGACCAGGACCGGCCCUCUGGGCUGCAGCAACUACGACAAUCUGGACUCAGUCAGCUCAGUCCUGGUGCAAAGUCCGGAGAACAGAGUGCAGUUACUCGGCCUGCAGGUGCUACUGCCUGAGUACCUGCGUGAGCGCUUUGUGGCUGCAGCGCUGAGCUACAUUACAUGCAGCUCUGAGGGCGAGCUCAUUUGCAAGGAGAAUGACUGCUGGUGCCAGUGCAGCCCUACCUUCCCUGAGUGCAACUGUCCUGAUGCGGACAUCCAGGCCAUGGAGGACAGCCUGCUGCAGAUCCAGGACUCCUGGGCCACUCACAACCGGCAGUUUGAGGAGUCAGAGGAAUUCCAAACCCUGCUGAAAAGGCUGCCUGACGACAGGUUCCUGAACUCCACAACCAUCUCCCAGUUCUGGGCCAUGGACGCUGGCCUCCAGCACCGCUACCAGCAGCUGGGAGCCAGCUUGAAAAUGCUGUUCAAGAAGAUGCAUCGGAUCGUCAGCCGGCUCUUCAACCUCUGCAAACGCUGCCACCGGCAGCCUCGCUUCCGUCUGCCCAAGGAGCGGUCCUUAUCCUUCUGGUGGAACCGAAUCCAGUCCUUCCUCUACUGUGGAGAAAGCACCUUCCCUGGCACCUUCCUGGAGCAGAGCCACAGCUGCAGCUGCCCCUAUGACCAAUCUUCCUGCCAGGGCCCCAUCCCAUGUGCCUUGGGUGAAGGGUCUGCCUGUGCCCACUGUGCCCGGGACAACAGCACACGCUGUGGGGGCUGCAACCCGGGCUACGUGCUGGUCCAAGGGCUGUGCCGGCCAGAGGUGGCUGAGUCCCUGGAGAACUUUCUGGGGCUGGAGACAGACCUGCAGGACCUGGAGCUGAAGUACCUGCUGCAGAAGUGGGACAGCCGCAUCGAGGUGCACUCCAUCUUCAUCAGCAACGACAUGCGCCUGGGCAGCUGGUUUGACCCCUCCUGGAGGAAGCGCAUGCUGCUCACCCUGAAGAGCAAUAAGUACAAGCCUGGGCUGGUGCAUGUGAUGCUGGCCCUGUCCCUGCAGAUCUGCCUCACCAAGAACAGCACCCUGGAGCCCGUCAUGGCCAUCUACGUCAACCCCUUUGGAGGCAGCCACUCUGAGAGCUGGUUCAUGCCCGUGAACGAGGCCCACUUCCCGGACUGGGAAAGGACUAACGUGGACGCGGCUGCCCAGUGCCAGAACUGGACGAUCACCUUGGGAAACAGGUGGAAGACCUUCUUUGAGACAGUCCAUGUUUACCUACGGAGCCGAAUCAAGUCCCUGGAUGACAGCUCCAAUGAGACCAUCUACUAUGAGCCCCUGGAGAUGACAGAUCCCUCCAAGAACUUGGGCUACAUGAAAAUCAACACCUUGCAGGUCUUCGGCUACAGCCUGCCCUUUGACCCAGAUGCUAUCCGGGACUUAAUUCUCCAGUUGGAUUACCCAUACACUCAAGGCUCCCAGGACUCUGCCCUCUUGCAGCUCAUAGAGCUUAGGGACCGGGUUAACCAGCUUUCUCCACCUGGCAAAGUCCGGCUGGACCUUUUCUCCUGCUUGCUCCGGCACCGGCUCAAGCUGGCCAACAACGAGGUGGGCAGGAUCCAGUCCUCCCUGAGGGCUUUCAAUUCCAAGCUGCCAAAUGCUGUGGAGUAUGAGACAGGCAAACUCUGUAGCUAAUGGGGUGUGGAGGGGGGGGCACUUCAGUGCUGGACAGGGAGGGGAUCCAUGCAUCCAGGCACUCACCUUGGUGCCAACAAGGUGCUCCCUUGAGACUCUGCAUCCAGCAGAUGAGACCUCGGGGAAUGGACUGACACAGGCAGGAGAGAAAGAAACAGCCACUGCACAUGCACACACGCCGCGGGUGUGCGCGCACGCUCCCUCGGGGAGGCUACAACUCAGCAGCCUUGUGUCUGUAAAGUCGGUGCUUUCCAAAAUGAAUGCAGUUGAAGGAGAGGAGCCAAGGGAGAGAUUAAGAAAAAGAACCAGCCAAACCAUGAAACAAACAAAUCCUUAAAAGUGAUUCUUAUCAUUCAAGGAAGCAAGAGGGGACAAACGGAAGGGGUGGAAGCUCCUGCUCCCCCUCUGUGGAGUCACUUUUGUAGUCUUUUUGACCAGGUUUCUUGGUGUUUCGUGAUUCCCACACUGGCUCCUACUUUUUGUACUCUGCCUCCUCUGAGCCCUCCUGGACGCUGACUGCUCCUCCAGGCAGCUCCUUUAGGAAACAGGGGAAGUGACACCAACUGAGGACACUCAGGGUGGGCAGGCGGUCUUGCUCCCCCUUCACCUUCCUCCCUCCCCCCUGGUCCCCUGGCUUCCUGGGCUACUCCAGUUUUGGGGCCUGGCUUGUUCCAUGUCCCCACCCUGGUCCAGCCAGAGCUCCCUUCCUACCGCCCCCAAUCUGUCCAAGAAAGCAGCUGUCCAGUCAGAGAGAUGAUGUCUAGGGAAAUGUUCUUUUUUAAAAACAAAAACAAAAAUAUUUAUUUUGUGAUUGUUUUCCUUGUCAAUCUGCUCCAGCCACAUGAACAUAUGAGUAAAAAAAAUUUAACUGAUUUAAUAUAUAUUUUUAAAGACCUUUAUUAGAGGGAAAAUGAGAGAGAAAAGAGGAAAAAAUAGUAUAGUUUCCUGGGUUGCCUGGAUUUUUUUAUUGCUCUGUGGGUGACACGUGGGUGUCCUUAGAUGGUGGAUAUUGCUGUGUGAGAAGCUGGUUGACUAGUAUAUACACAAGUGAAUGCAUGCCUAUCUUGACUGGGUGUGAGGUGUGUGUGUGUGUGUGUGUGUGUGUGAGAGAGAGAGAGAGAGAGAGAGAGAGAGAGAGAGAGAGAGAGAGAGAGAGAGAGAGAGAGAAUGAGUAAAGAUUGGAAUGAGAUGGAGUAAGGCAGAAUUCUCCCAGGUAAUCUGGCUUCCCCUCUCCCUUUUCCCAGGAGUGAGGACUAACACGGGUUGUACACUAUCAGGAGAAUGAAAGUCUUUGCUCUUUAGGGGAACUGCAGCCUUUAUGCUGGGCAAAUGCUAGCUAAAGGGGGGACCUCUGCUUACACUGCUGCGGACAUCAGGAGAGUUUUCCACACUCUGCAUCUUAAAGUCUGGGAUCGCCCUUUGAGGACACUGGGAAAGAUGCAGACUUGGCACGAGUUUCCUCCAUUCGGUCUGAUCACCACCUUCCCAGCCUGAAAAGCAGGUUUGACAUACGCCACACAGGGCAGUGCCUCUUCUCUCCUUAGUGCCUUCCCCAGGAGGUAUGGAAAUCACUUCACAGCAAAUCUUUUAAAGAACCAUGUCUCUCUGUCUAUUCCCCACAUGCCCUGAGCACAAUGUGUAGGCAUGACAACCCCCAUUUUAUUCAAGCGGAAGUCACCACAUAAAUACUAAGUACCUCAUUCUGUACCUGUGGUACAUCUCAGUUGGUACAAAAUGAACUGGGAGACAAUGAGAGGAUGGCCAUGUCUAUCUGCCCAAGAGCUUCCAUGUUUGUCACUGCAUAGAGAAGAAUCCAGCAUUUUAUUUAAUACCUGAACCAUCUCUCUGUUCACGAGGACCUGAAAUCCCAGGCAGAUAAGAAGCCUAGGGCAUUUCUUUCUUCACAACUCCCUGAAGUCUUCUAGGCUGGGAAUGCAGAGUGAUGGAUGAACUAGGGACGAACAGUUAUUGCCCAUUUCUAGUUCAGCCACUACUUGCUUGGGGGUGGGAGGGUGUCUCAAGCUCUUUGUCUGUGGGAUAUGGAACCAGCAGAUCAUCUUCAUCAAUAGGGCUGUGGAUGUACCAAGACUGCUUCUAGAAGGCAGAUGGAAGAAAAGGAAGAAAUAAAGAAUGGACAGGAUUCCUGAAGGGGCUGUUAAAGACUUAAUACCAUGAAUUCAGCAUAGAAUUUCUCAAAAAAGCUAGGCUAAGAAAUGCCAUAAUAAUAAAAGGAUGCCACUGGUCAAAAUUGUCACUUUCAAAGUCUAUAGUACCCAGAUGAUAGGAAACAACUAUUCCCAGAUAUAGUCACAAAUAAAGAAUUGUCACUAAUUAAUAGUGGAUUGUCAAUGUUGGUGAACUCCCUGUGGAAUUAAGAGUCAAAUCACAGUUCAGUUACUGGCUAUAACAAUCAGGAAUUCAAGCCUUAAUUGUCACCCUAAAGAACUAAUACAUCAAAUGUAAUCUGUUCUAAUGCUUGAGACUAAUACCUCUAAUACUAAAUAAUAUAUUUAAUGCCUGCUGCUAAUAAUAUAAUGCCAUGCUCUGCAGGCCUACUCACACUCACACAGCCAAAAACGUAAAUGAAGUCUGUUUCAAAUACUGGGUAUCACACAUAGUUCACAUACAGUUCUUGGCUUCUUUUCACAAAUAUGAAAACAGUCAUCAUGAUGGGCAGAGCCGCCUUAUGUGUAGAUGGAAUGCAUUGCUACGUGAUGUCCUGCCCCCAAAUAUCAUCGACAAAGUCUGUAAUUCCAUCAUGCAAGUCUAUUCUCUUGCACAAGAGGGGUCUUCCUUUUUUUGCCAUUAUGUUUCAUAUGAAAACAAAAAUGCCCUUAGAAGGAAAUAAAUCUUAGAAGUUAACCCACUGGCAAAAGAGAGGAUGCAAUUUUUGGAGUUGGAAGGUUUUUAGAGGUCAUUCAGUCAACUCAUUUCUGAUGUGAGGAAGGAGAGGUGACAGAACUUGCCUAAGCUUCUAUGUAUUAGCAGAACUGGUAAUAGCACUGAAUCUGCUUUUUUCUCUACCUCUCUCGCUAGUACAUCUGGGUGUUGGGAGAUGACAGGCACCCAGUGUGGGGCUUAGGAGUGUGAGGGUGGAGGAAAGGUGAUUUCCCUGGAAGAAGAGGACUACUUAGAGGUGGGAAGAGCUUCACAUCUUUCCCUGGUAUUGGUUCUAGCAAAAGUAACCAGCUUCUCUAACAGGCAAUAGAAAAAGACUGAAGUUUCUCCCGGGACAAGCUUUCAGCACAGCCUAGACAUAUUUCCAUCCAGGUUGGAUCUCCUUACUGGAUUCCUGAUGACUCUAUCAGCUACAUGUUUUUUAAUUACAAUAUCCUGCCUCUAAUUUAUUGAUGUUUUCUAUAGAUCACCAAUUAGAGUUUGAAUAUCUUUGCAAAUCUGCGUAACAACUUUGUGAAGGCUAGAGGUAUCCGGGUACCAUCAACACCAAAGGGCUUAGGUGGUGCAGUCAGCAUGUCAAGUGUAUGACUGGAGUCUAGGCCAUGGCAGAGAAGGGGAAUGAGGCAAGUUCUGCUGUACAGAGUUCUCCUUCUAGCAGUAGAGUGAGCAUGUGGGCCAAAAAAGCUACCCAAGACAAAGCUGUGGCUGGCACUCCUGGACUGGAAGGACAGGUGGAAAAUUCAGAUAGUGUGACUGACUGUAGACACACACCUUUCUUCUGGUUCUGCCUUCAGCCAUCUCUACACCCGUGAGCAAGUCAUUCCACUUCUCCCAUUUUGCUCCUCUGUGUAUGAGGGAGUUGGAUAUUCUACCCAGGUACUGGGGGUCCUUCUGGUACUAUCCCUUUAAAAGCAGU